GGCGGGCCGGCUGCGAGGGGGAGGAGCGGGAGCUGAGCGAGGCGGGCGGGCGGAGGAUGGGGCCGUGCCCGGGUGCCCGCAGGAGCCGCCCGGGGACACGCCGUGCACCCUCCGGCUCGGGGCUCUCGCGGUCUCGGCGGCGGCAGCGUUAGCAGCGGCAGCGCGAGCGGCGUUCCCGGGGCUUCCCGGCCGCGCUCCUCCCUCAGGCUGGGCGAAGAGAAGAGGCAGCGGCGGCGGCGGCGGCGGCGGCAGGCGGCGGCACACCGGGGUCUCUACCACUGGAGAUUUCUUUCUGCUUUCCUCGUCGACUGACUCACCCCCUCCCUUUUAUGAGGAAGGGUCACCUCUUCUUUGGGACUAGAAAAAAUGUUUUUUUGAGGAGGGACGGUGGGUGGCAGCGUCAGGGUCGGCUUCUUCUCUUCUUUCCUCUCCCUCUCCUCCCCCUCCUAGACCGAGAAGCAAACCCCACAACUGCUCCAGCAUCCUCCUUCCUUUCCCUCACCUCCCUUUGCCACCUCUUCCAGUUUCGCCCUCUCCUCUCCGAAUUAUUUCAUUAUUAUGCUUCCUUCCCUGGGGGGUCUCGUCCCUCUCAGGUCGCUCAGAAGCCGUGGCCUCCCCUGGAUGCAUUUCUUAAAAAUUUUGGAGCCUGGGAGUGAGUUUUCCCCGAGGCGUGCGUGAGAGGCGGCGGGGGUGUUUUCCUGCGCGAGGGGCGGGUGAAGUUCAUUGCCCCCACUUUCCCGCGACCUUUUCGGACCCGAUUCCGAAUUGGGGGCCGGCGUUUUUUUUGUGGGGCGGGGGUCGCGGCAGAGAAUGGCCGCGGGGAGGGCUCCCCGGAGCCUCCCAGUCUCUUGAUCAAAGCAUUCCGCUAUUCUGAUUUAUUGCCUGCUUGGUGAGUUAUUUUUUUUUCCUCUAAAGGAGACCUGUGUGUUCAGCCAUUACUUUGCUUGGCGCUGCUCACAGGCAUCUCCGACCCUCGGUGCUGUGAGUAGCCCCGCACUUGGGCUGCUCGCCCCUCGCCCUCGCUCCCGUCCCUCCUCCCUCUCUCCGCCCCUUCCCCCUUUUCUUUCUCCUCUCUUUCUUCCCUUCUCUCCCUUCUUUCGGCCGCCGUCUCCCUGCGCCCUCCUCGGGGCGGAGGGAAGGCGAGAAGGGGAGGGAGGGGUUGGUGUCAAUUUUUUUGUGUGGCCGCGGCCGGAGUCUGUGGCGGCAGGCGGCGAGCGGGGAGACCCCGGCGCGGCAGAGCCAUGGAUGGCCCGACGCGGGGCCAUGGACUCCGCAAAAAGCGGCGGUCGCGGUCGCAGCGAGACCGGGAGAGGCGCUCCCGGGGCGGGCUAGGGGCUGGCGCGGCCGGCGGUGGCGGGGCCGGUCGGACCCGGGCGCCCUCGCUCGCCUCGUCGUCCGGCUCGGACAAGGAAGACAAUGGGAAGCCCCCGUCCUCCGCCCCGUCCCGGCCCAGACCCCCGCGGAGGAAGCGGAGAGAGUCCACCUCGGCUGAAGAGGACAUCAUUGAUGGAUUUGCCAUGACCAGCUUUGUCACUUUUGAAGCGCUGGAGCACUGUGUGGGAAGAGGUGCUUAUGUGACAGAAGGAUGGGACAACAUCCAAUACAUGCAGAGGCCCCGGGAGUUUGUGAUGGUAGGAGGAGCAGUGUCUUGCCAUUGGAUCUCAGCCCUGGGCAAGUUCACUCUUGAUUCGAAAGAUGUAGCACUUAAGCCUCAGGAACGUGUGGAGAAACGCCAGACACCUCUGACCAAGAAGAAACGAGAAGCACUUAGCAACGGCUUGUCCUUUCACUCCAAGAAGAGCAGACUCAGCCACCCCAACCAUUACAGCUCAGACCGGGAAAAUGACCGCAAUCUCUGCCAGCACCUCGGGAAGAGAAAGAAAAUGCCGAAGGAACUCAGACAGCUCAAGCCAGGGCAGAACAGCUGCAGGGACAGUGACAGUGAAAGCGCCAGUGGAGAAUCCAAGGGCUUCCGCAGGAGCAGCUCUCGGGAAAGGCUCAGUGACAGUUCAGCUCCUUCCAGCUUGGGAACAGGCUACUUCUGUGAUAGCGACAGCGACCAGGAAGAGAAGGCAUCAGAUGCCAGCUCUGAAAAACUCUUCAAUACUGUUAUUGUAAACAAAGAUCCGGAGUUAGGUGUUGGCACGCUACCCGAACAUGACAGCCAGGAUGCGGGGCCGAUUGUCCCCAAGAUAUCGGGUCUAGAGAGAAGCCAGGAGAAGAGCCAGGACUGUUGCAAAGAGCCGAUCUUUGAGUCCGUGGUGCUUAAAGACCCCUGCCCUCAGGCCCCACAGCUGCUGCCCCAGCCCCAGGUGGAGCCCCAGCCCCGAGCUCCUUCUCCAGGCCCUGACUUGGUGCCACGCACGGAGGCCCCACCUCAGCCCCCAAGGCCAAGCACACAGCCGCCCCAGGCACCCCCAGAGGCCCAGCUGCCACCCCCGCCCCCGGCGCAGAGGCCACCCCGGCCGCAGUCGCCCAGCCAGCUGCUCCACCAGAGCCUGCCUCCCGCGCAGGCCCACCCCUCGUCCCAGAGCCUCCCCCAGCCUUUGUCAGCCUACAACAGCAGUAGCUUAAGCCUCAACAGUUUAAGCAGAGGUAGCCCGCCCGCGAAGACUCAGCCGGCCGCUCCGCACGCCUCCCACCACCCCUCGGCCUCCCCAUUCGCCCUCUCGCUGCCCAGCCACAGCCCCCUGCACAGCUUCACUCCCACCCUCCAACCCCCCGCACACCCCCACCACCCCAAUAUGUUUGCCCCUCCCACUGCCCUGCCUCCUCCACCGCCUCUGACAUCAGGGAGCCUGCAGGUGCCCGGACACCCAGCCGGGAGCACUUACUCAGAGCAAGACAUCUUGCGGCAGGAACUGAACACGCGCUUCCUGGCAUCGCAGAGCGCAGACCGCGGGGCGUCCCUGGGGCCCCCGCCCUACCUGCGCACCGAGUUCCACCAGCACCAGCAUCAGCACCAGCACACGCACCAGCACACGCACCAGCACACCUUCACGCCAUUCCCACACGCGCUCCCGCCCGCCGCCAUCAUGCCCACGCCGGCACCGCCCAUGUUUGACAAAUACCCUACAAAAGUUGACCCAUUCUACCGGCACAGUCUCUUCCAUUCCUACCCUCCUGCGGUAUCGGGCAUUCCCCCUAUGAUUCCGCCCACUGGUCCUUUCGGUUCACUACAAGGAGCAUUUCAGCCCAAGACGUCCAAUCCUAUCGAUGUGGCUGCUCGACCUGGGACAGUCCCACACACACUACUCCAGAAGGACCCAAGGUUGACAGAUCCUUUCAGACCUAUGUUAAGGAAACCAGGGAAGUGGUGUGCUAUGCAUGUUCACAUUGCCUGGCAGAUCUACCACCAUCAACAGAAAGUCAAGAAACAGAUGCAGUCAGAUCCACAUAAGCUGGACUUUGGACUGAAACCCGAGUUCCUGAGCCGCCCUCCAGGUCCCAGUCUCUUUGGAGCCAUUCACCACCCCCAUGACCUGGCACGGCCUUCAACUUUGUUCUCUGCCGCUGGUGCUGCACACCCAACUGGAACCCCUUUUGGGCCGCCUCCUCAUCACAGCAACUUCCUUAACCCUGCUGCUCACCUGGAGCCUUUUAAUCGUCCAUCUACAUUCACCGGCCUGGCAGCAGUUGGUGGCAAUGCCUUCGGGGGACUUGGGAAUCCUUCAGUUACACCCAACUCAAUGUUCGGCCACAAGGAUGGCCCCAGUGUGCAGAACUUUAGCAACCCUCACGAACCCUGGAACCGGCUGCACCGAACACCUCCGUCGUUCCCGACCCCUCCGCCCUGGCUGAAGCCAGGCGAGCUGGAGCGUAGCGCGUCCGCUGCAGCUCAUGACAGAGAUAGAGAUGUAGAUAAACGAGACGCCUCUGUUAGUAAAGAUGACAAAGAAAGGGAAAGCGUUGAGAAAAGACACUCCAGCCACCCUUCACCAGCACCCGCACUCCCAGUGAGCGCCCUGGGACAUAACCGCAGCUCCGCCGAACAGAUCAGGGGUCAUUUGAACACUGAGGCUCGCGAGAAAGACAAACCCAAAGAGAGGGAGAGAGACCACUCGGAAUCCCGGAAGGACCUGACCGCCGACGAGCACAAGGCAAAGGAGAGCCACCCGCCCGAGAAGGAUGGCCACGGCCACGAGGGGCGAGCCGUGGGCGAGGAGGCCAAGCAGCUGGCCCGGGGACCAUCACCGUACGUGCGUACACCCGUUGUGGAGAGCGCCAGGCCCAACAGCACCUCCAGCCGCGAGGCUGAGCCGCGCAAGGGCGAGCCGGCCUACGAGAACCCCAAGAAGAGCUCAGAGGUCAAGGUGAAGGAGGAGCGCAAGGAAGACCACGACCUGCCCCCGGAGGCCGCCCAGAGCCACCGGCCUUCGGAGCCACCGCCCCCGAGCUCCUCGUCCAGCGUGCACCCCGGGCCCCUGGCCUCGAUGCCCAUGACGGUGGGGGUGACGGGCAUUCACCCCAUGAACAGCAUCAGCGGCCUGGACAGGACUCGCAUGAUGACGCCUUUCAUGGGCAUCAGCCCCAUCCCGGGCGGAGAGCGGUUCCCGUACCCUUCUUUCCACUGGGACCCCAUCCGGGACCCUCUGAGGGAUCCCUACCGAGAACUUGACAUUCACAGGAGAGACCCGCUGGGCAGGGACUUUCUGCUCAGGAACGACCCUCUCCACCGUCUCUCGACCCCCCGGCUGUAUGAAGCUGAGCGCUCCUUCCGGGACCGGGAGCCUCACGAUUACCACCACCACCACCACCACCCACUGUCCGUGGACCCGCGGCGGGAGCACGAGCGAGGGGCGCACCUGGACGAGAGGGAGCGCCUGCACAUGCUCCGGGAGGACUACGAGCACACGCGGCUCCACUCUGUGCACCCCGCCUCCCUCGACGGACACCUGCCCCACCCCAGCCUCCUUGCCCCCGGCCUGCCCAGCAUGCACUACCCCAGAAUCAGCCCCCCCUCGGGGCACCAGAAUGGGCUCCUCAACAAGACCCCGCCCACAGCGGCGCUGAGCGCGCCCCCGCCGCUCAUCUCUACGCUGGGGGGGCGCCCCGUCUCCCCCCGCAGGACUACUCCUCUGUCUGCAGAGAUGCGGGAGAGGCCCCCUUCCCACACGCUGAAGGAUAUUGAAGCCCGGUAAGGAGACCAGGACACAGAGGAGGAAGAAACCCCACAGCAAACAGCCGGUGUGCUUUGGAGCGUGGGGGAGAGAAAGGACCGUUCUCCCGGACCGGGGGCAGAAGCCCCAUGCCUCCCCUUGUAAAAAAUGUACAGACUCAGUGCAGAUUUUGAAAUGUUUUGUAUAUUAUAUGUUGAAAUUUUUCAGAUCUUUUAGGCAAGUCAUAUGUUCUCAUGUCUCCGACUCUUUUGGUUUCACAUAUAAAACUUUUGAUUUGAACCAAAACAGUGAAGAUGACAGCACACACCAGUAUGGUGAUAAUCGGGGAAAGCAGAACCCAAACACCCGUCCCCACAGCCCACUGGGCAAACCUCUGUCAGGUGAGGAGGGAAGGCCAUGUACAUAGUUAUGUAAAAAAAAAAGAUUGCUUCAUGAGCUAAUGGUUCAUAUAUGCAAAAGGGUAAGAUGAAAGCUUUACUUUGUACAAAUGUAAAUAGAUAAAGAUUAAGUAACAUAAUACAUUAAUACUUCUUAAAAUGUGCUAUUUGCAAACUUAAUCUCAGUGAACACAGUCGGCUGUGGCUGUGUUCCCAUAUAUUGUUAUAGACAGCUAAACCCUUCAACUAUGCAAUGAAUGUUCGGGCUUUUCACAAAAGCCCACCUAAUUCAAAGGAGCCUUUUCAAACCCAUUUACAACAUACUUAAGGUCAUAUUUUCCCUGAACAAGCGCUUAUGUGAUAGGACUCUCUUUUCCUUGCUUGUUUUUUUCAAACGGAGAAACAUCCUAUUUUGCAAAGUGGACCCCAGGCUGAAACUGCAUCUGAAGUUGCCGCUGUGAGCUCUGGGGGGAGUGCAGCCCCAUCAAGGGAAUGAGGAUGCAGGCAGCCAGUGCCAGGGAGGAGGGGUGUUGUCAGAUGCCAAAAUCAGGGGACACAAACAGGUUGCCAGCAUCUUGUCACCAUAACGUGAUUUCACACACACCUCAUUGUGGGAGCCAUACGUUUUUUAGUGUGUCCUAUUUCAUAUCUUUACACACCUCCUCACUUUGUAAUGAGGUUUAAUUACACCCAAACAGAUCCUGAAAGAAAGCUUCAAGUUUUCUCAGAUGAUGGAUAUGUUUUCACCGUAUUCAAUAGCUGAUGAAGUUAAGGUGCACUUUUCCUAAUGUGACUCGUGUUCCAGUUGGUAAUAAAGUCUGGGAAUAGCUUAACAGGCCUACAUGGUGGAGCCAUGGAGAGUUGCAGAGGGUGAAAGGUGGCAGAGACAAAGUCUUGUGUGUGCGUGUGUUUUUAAGUUUGCAUCAAUCUUAAAUGUUUCUUCAUAAUACUUUUAUAAUACAUUAAGCCUCUUGUCUACAUAUUUGGAGAGAAUAUGACUUUACUAGCAGAGAACUACAAUAUAUCUUGUCUACUGGACUGUAAAAUAUAUGUAUGAAAUAAAAUUAGUUCCAUUUGGUCUUCUAGUAUAUUAAAGUGCUAUCUGAUGUUGUUAUCCUGUUUUUGCAAAAAAAAAAAGUUAACUACAGGCCAUUGUUUCUAAUAAGCAGAGAGAUCUAUUUUAGUAGUAAACUGAAGGUUUAGUUGUGAGCUUCAGAUUUUUGUGAACUCCAAAUGUUGUGCAGUGCUUUUUCUUUUUUUUAAGACAACUAAAAAGAAAAAAAAAUCCAAGGAAUAUGUACACUGGAACGGUAGUGGUAGAUUUUAGUAUUGUAAAGAGAUUGUUCUAUACAGACCUUUUUGCUGUUUAUCCUGUAUGUAAUAAAGUCCUUUCUAGGUCCUGUGUGAGAAGAAAGUGCAGCGACUGACUCUCCAGCAUGUUCUCAUCGGCGGAGCCUUCUUGUGUAAUGUAAACUGUGCCAUGUUAUUAAAAAAUGUGAACUAAG